UUUCAGAAGGGCAUCGAAUUUGCACCAGCGUUUGUUACCUCAUUGCAAUAUUGACAGGAAUAUGUGUGUGAACCCGUCUGUCAUUUAAGUCCUGGACACAGAGGUUCCAAGCUUUGGGGCGAUACCUGAGGUCUCUCUCCGAUCCAGCUUCCUCUUCUCCUCUGCUCCUCCUGGCGUGGAAAUAGGAUGGCGCAGCUCCCCGCACUCUUCCUCCUCCUGUCCCUGCUCUCAAGCCGACCUCCAGGGAUGGAGGGGCAGGUGACGGACUAUGCCUUGCCCUUCAUGGAGCACCUUGACGGGGCCGGCCAGGUCACCCUGAAGUGGGGGUUCAGUGAUGUGUUUCAAGAUAUCACCUUCCAGCUGUCUGUCAACACCACUGGCUGGGUGGGCUUCGGGUUGAGUCCCAAAGGAAACAUGAUUGGGGCAGACAUUGUCAUCGGGGGAGUUGGAUCGAAUGGCACCUACUUCAAGGAUCGUCACGGCAUAGGGACCUUUCUCCCCCCAGUGGACGAGGAACAGAGUUACACUCUGCUGUCUCUGACUGAGCUGGAUGGACAGACCUCUAUGACCUUCAGUAGGUCCAUUCAAACUUGUGACAAAGACGACGUUCCCAUCACUGCGAGCCCCAUCAAACUGAUCUAUGCGUAUGGGACCACAGAUGAGAUCAAAUACCACUCGUCCCGCAGAGGAACCAAGGAGCUCAACCUGCUGAGGUACACACUCAGAACCAGCCCGCCGCUCGACAACUACCUGAGCUUCACUGUGGAGAAUGUCACUGUCCCUCCUGUUGUAACGUACUAUCACUGCAAGGUGAUGAAGACUCACAUCAAUGGGAAACACCAUAUCUAUCGGAUGGAACCUGUUAUUGAGAACCUGGAUCUGGUGCACCACAUACUGGUGUAUCGCUGUCCCUCCACCAUGAAUCAGACCUCCGAGGGUCCAUGCUAUAGUGGUGAUGGUGUCGAGGAAUGCUUCAGUAUGAUUCACGGCUGGGCAGUUGGAGGAGGGCCAUUUGAGCUUCCGGAAAAUGCAGGUAUGUCCAUUGGAGGAGCGAAAGACAGCCAUUUCUACAGGAUUGAAAUUCACUACAACAAUCCCACCAAGGCUGCAGGUCGAAGGGAUAACUCAGGUAUGAGACUGUACUACACCAGCCAGCUCAGGGAGCAUGAUGUGGGCUUGCUCACAACGGGGCUGUUGGUGGCUCCCUCUGGAGGCUAUGCCAUCCCCCCCCAUGCCACAGACUUUCAAACCUAUGGAUUUUGCAACACCUCAGACUUUUCGAAGCUCCUGGAUGGCCCUGCCCCAGACCUCAAUGUGUUUUCAGUGAUAUUGCACACUCAUCUGGCCGGGAGGAAGAUUAGAGUCGGGCACUUCAGGGGUGGGAAGCAGGUGGACUUCCUGGGUUUGGAUGAGAAUUACAGUUUUGAUUAUCAAGAGGUCUACAAUCUGGGGGAAGUCAAGACCAUCAAGCCGGGUGAUGAAAUUCUGGUGGAAUGUACCUACAACACUGAAAAUCGCACAAGACCUACAUGGGGAGGUUUGGGCACCACAAAUGAGAUGUGUCUAGCAUUCCUGUACUACUACCCUGCCAUCGACAUAAGCAACUGCUGGAGCCACCCUAACAUGCAACUCCUGGCAGCCACAAAGAACGAAACACUUCAACAAUUGGUUGAUGAUUUGAGUACCACAAAUUGGACUAAAGAGGCUAUCACUAAACACAAGGCCUUGAUGAAGACAAUUCCUCAAUAUGAAGUUCUCAAUGAUAUCUAUAAUAACUACACCGUCACCAAUGGGAUUAUGGUGCGGGAUAUGAUGAAAACAGCCACAGCAAGUUGCAAUAGGGAUUUGGUUACAACAUCUCCCACUGCAUCGAACAUCUCCCUGUAUUACACCCACUUUGAUGUAACGUACGAAAAUGUGUCCUACAGAGAUAGAGGUUCUUGGGUCAUGUGCUCAGCCGGAUGCCUUCUUCUUCUUCUGUGUACAAAGCUAUGAUGGGAAACCCUCCAUGCUGAGUAUGGUGACAUUGUCCACAGACACAUUUCACUUGUGGCCAGUGUUGUGGUUCUGUCACUAUUGAACAGGAUUCCAAUCCAGGCCAAGGCCCAACUGAUCCUUACCCGGUUUCCAAGUAGAGUAUGUAGCUUAAACGUUCAUAACCACAUACCAUGAUGUCUCAGCAACAUUCACUUAAUCUGGUUACAAACUUUCUCUCAGUGGCCCUCUAGUUGAUGGGUUGUUCUUUGGCACUAUGAUUCAGACAGGCUGCACAAUAGAUCUGUUAAACUGUGAUUUAUUACAGGGACAGAAUAAUCAUUAGCCUAGAGCUUACAGUAUUUAAUAAAAUUCAUAUUAAAGUUCAUACAAUUUCUAAUUUCUAAUCAUACUUGAAACCAAUGUUUGUGUAGCCUAUG